AAAAAACCCCUAAUAAACGGGGAAGAAAAGAAACCCGGAAAAACCCUAGCCAAAACCCCAGACUUGGGAGCUCCAAGUCUCUUCUGCGAGUCUCAAACAGAGUGACCUGAAGUCUCCGUCUCCCACCACGCUGCAAAUUGGAUAAGGAACAACACGUUUGGGAACUAGAAGCUAAAAUGCCGCUCGGGGAUAAGCCAGGAUGGGAGAAGUCGGAAUCUCGUUACUGUGGAGUGGAGGCGGAGUUCGACGAUGACAUAGCUAACCUUCUCUCUUUCAAUCUGAACCUCGGCGCAUUCGAUUUUGUCGUCGCUCCUCUGAUGAACCCAACCUACCGGCCUAGUCUAGUGCAGGCAAACAGUGGUGGAACUUGUGUCCUGCCAUUUGCUGGGUCCGACCUCGUCUUGAGUCCUUCUCAGUGGAGCAGUCAUGUUGUGGGAAAGAUUAGUCAUUGGAUUGACUUGGAUUCUGAAGAUGAAACUCUUCGGAUGGAUUCCGAAACAACUUUGAAGCAGGAGAUAGCAUGGGCUAAUCAUCUUUCCUUACAGGCAUGCCUUCUUCCAUCUCCAAAGAGCAAGUCAUGUGCAAACUAUGCUAGGUGUGUGAAUCAGAUUUUACAAGGCCUAAACAAUAUACAGCUGUGGCUUAGGAUUCCCCUAACAAAGAUUGAUGAUGCUUCUAUGGAUGCGAACUCUGGUGAAUUGGUUGAUUCAUGGGAACAGUGGAAUUCCUUCCGUAUUCUGUGUGAGCAUCACAGUCAGCUUUCUGUGGCUUUGGAUGUUCUGAGUUCCUUACCAUCAGUCCACUCACUUGGUCGUUGGUUUGGCGAAUCUGUCAGGGCCGCUAUAAUUAGUACUGAUACUUUUCUCACCAAUGCCCGAGGCUAUCCAUGUUUGUCAAAGCGCCACCAGAAUCUGAUUUGGGGCUUCUUCAAUCACUCAAUACAGGUUGUUGUCUCUGGAACUUCUUUGCGCAACACUGCUGCCCCAGGUUCAGAUUUGGUCACUAAUCAUUCAAGUGAUAAUGUUGAAAAUUUGCAGAAACAUCCACUUAGGUCAUACUUGGACUAUAUUGGUUAUCUCUUUCAGAAGAUGGAUCCUCUUCCGCAACAAGAACGUUAUGAGCUUGGUUACAGGGAUUUCUUGCAGUCCCCUUUGCAACCGUUAAUGGAUAACCUAGAGGCCCAAACAUACGAGACAUUUGAAAAAGAUUCUAUGAAGUACAUGCAGUACCAAAGGGCUGUCUCUAAAGCUUUGCUAGAUAGAGUCCCUAAUGAGGAGGCCAAUGUAACCACUGUACUUAUGGUAGUAGGAGCUGGACGUGGUCCUCUUGUGAGGGCAUCUUUGCAGGCUGCUGAAGAAACAGGACGCAAAAUAAAAGUUUAUGCAGUGGAGAAAAAUCCAAAUGCUGUUGUCACACUCCACAGUUUGGUAAAGCUGGAGGGAUGGGAGGGCAUUGUAACCAUCAUUUCUUGUGAUAUGCGCUACUGGGAUGCACCUGAGAAAGCAGAUAUCUUGGUAAGCGAACUGUUGGGUUCCUUUGGUGAUAACGAGCUGUCACCUGAGUGUCUUGAUGGUGCCCAGAGGUUCCUGAAGGAAGAUGGAAUCUCGAUACCAUCAUCCUUGAUGGGGUUAUCUGUUCUCCAUGUAACAUUAAUGCUAAUAUGGAUAUUGGUUUCUAGGUACACUAGUUUCAUCCAACCGGUGACAGCAUCAAAGUUGUAUAAUGAUGUUAAGUCACACAGGGAUCUUGUGCACUUUGAGACUGCGUACGUUGUCAAAUUGCACAAUAUAGCAAGACUUGCUCCACCACAAUCUGUAUUUGAAUUUACUCAUCCAAAUAACUCUACUACAAAAAGCAAUGAACGUUACAAAAAGCUUUUGUUUGAACUACCUGACGACACUGGAUCAGCAAUGGUUCACGGAUUUGCUGGCUAUUUUGAUGCAGUGUUGUACAAAGAUGUGCAUCUUGGAAUUGAACCAUCAACCGCGACACCAAAUAUGUUUAGCUGGUUUGCAAUAUUCUUCCCAUUGAGGACCCCAGUAUGCAUGAAACCGGGGUCUUCUCUAGAAGUACACUUUUGGCGCUGUUGUGGAUCUUCCAAGGUCUGGUAUGAAUGGUGCGUGGCAGCUCCGACUCCUGGUGCUAUGCACAAUACUAAUGGUCGAUCAUACUGGGUUGGCCUUUAAACCUUCACCAUCGACACCCUGGUUGUCAGUUGAACGUGUCUUUUUGUGGCUAUACGACUGUUGUUAGUUGCGGAAGCAAUCCUCUGGUCCAAGCUAAUAUGUGUACAACGGAGCUGGUUUAUCUUCCCCAACACUUCGGCUGCUGCUGCUGCUGCUGCUGCUGCUCUGUACGAUCUGACGCUGCUAGCCAUGAGCAACCCACCCACCCGCUGCCAGACGUAUUAGCUGUGAUGCGUAUUCAGGAAACUGGGUGUGUGGUGGUGGCCAUGGUAUUAGUUGUCCUACAAGUAAUCGUCCGAGUUCGGGUUCCCUUAAGGAUUUCAUGGGAUGUCAGUCGUAGGGAUGAAAAUGCUGGAACCGAAGUGUGAUAUCUUGUGUACUCUUUUAGGUGUUAGCUCCUUGGGUGGUGACUGAAACUUAAAAAAUGUUCAAGUUGUUCCAUCAGAAUUUUGAUCCGUCUGCCUUUUCUUGAUGGUAUGAGCAUUUUGUGACCUUGUGCAACCGUUGCUUCCGUAACAAAAACUGUGGGAUUGUUAAAGCCCACUGGACCAUGUCAAUACAAUUGUUCUCGAGGUGUUGGUGAUUUCGCCACGAAAACUGUCGCCGUCGAGGGUUGG